CAUUUUUAAUAUCAGUAUCUUCUCUUUGGCAUUGCUUGCUAAGUAGCUAUUGUCCUUCGCAUUUCCCAAUUCGUACGCAACGCAUCCCGUUUUUCAGUUUGGGGCUUCGCUCACUCACUCUCUGCUUUAUUGAAAGCUCACAAAUCUUUCUUGCGCUCACCCUCUUAAGCUCAAAUCACCCACGAAUCUGAUGGCCAUGCAGGAAGGAAGUCCUGCUGACACUCAUACUCCCAGUGCUCAAGUCGUUGGAAAUGCUUUUGUGGAGCAGUAUUACCAUAUUCUUCACCAAUCACCGAAUCUGGUGCACAGAUUUUAUCAAGAUUCAAGUUGUUUAAGUCGGCCAGAUAUGGUUGGCAACAUGACUACAGUAACAACAAUGCAAGCAAUUAAUGAGAAGGUACUAUCGCUGAAUUACCAGGACUAUACAGCAGAGAUAAAAACUGCAGAUGCUCAGGACUCUUUUGAGAAAGGGGUCAUUGUAGUGGUAACUGGAUGCUUAACAGGGAAAGAUAAUAUUAGAAGGAAGUUCACUCAAACCUUCUUUCUAGCUCCACAAGACAAAGGCUACUUUGUCUUAAAUGAUAUUUUCAGGUACAUUGAAGACAACGAGUUGCAAAACACUAUUCCAGUUAAUGGCGUCAGCGAACAGGCUUCAACAUCUGUCUUGACAUCUGAACCAGAGCCCUCUAAUGACCACCCUGUGGAGGACCCAUUGACUUAUCCUGAGGACGAAGAUAUUAAUAAUGGUGCUGAAGUUUGUGACCCCUCAGAUGAGGAGGAAGGUUCAGUAAUUGAAGAAGAGGUUGUUGAGCCUCAAAAAGUUGUCAACCAGAAUGAGAGUGUUGUGGUUGAUGAUUCAACUCCUGCAGUUCUAGAAGAUGCUCCAAAGAAAUCCUAUGCAUCAAUUGUCAAAGUGAUGAAAAGUAAUGCACCACCUACUCAGGUCAAUGUUACUACCAGAUAUGCAAGGGUGGUACCUGCAGAGCAACGAUCAAAUGUUUCUGCAAAACCUGCUCCAGUAGCACCAAUAGUAGCAGUACCUAAUAGUGAUAGUGCACCUGAAAGUAGCAACGAAAACGAGGAAGCUGAAGGACACUCCAUAUAUGUACGGAAUUUACCUUAUAAUGCAACACCUGCACAACUUGAGGAGGCAUUCAAAAAAUUUGGACCUAUUAAGCGCAAUGGCAUCCAAGUCAGAAGUAACAAGCAGGGGUUCACUUUUGGUUUUGUCGAAUUUGAGACUCCGAGUUCAGUGCAGAGUGCACUUGAGGCUUCACCGAUCACAAUUGGGGAUCGUCAAGCUGCUGUGGAAGAAAAGAGGACAAGUACUCGAGUUGGUAGCAGUGGGAGAGCAAGGUAUACAUCAGGUAAAGGUGGGUUUCGGAGUGACAGUUUCCGUGGUCGAGGGAACUUCAGCGGUGGCCGAGGAGGAGGCUAUGGCAGGAAUGAAUUCAGAAACCAGGGUGAGUUUUCAGGACGAUCAAAAGGUUCGGAUGGACGGAAUGGAGACAGUUAUCAGCGGGCUAAUCAGAAUGGAACGGGUGGCCGUCAAGGUGUGGCCCCUAAACCAUAAUUCUAUUUGUUUUCAGACAUUAGCUGAGAAAGUGACCAGGUGAUUCUUUUGACAGUAUAAACUAAAGGUAAUGAAGGAGCUAAAGAUUCGUAGUUUUUAAUCUUCAUGAAGUUCCAACUGUUGUGAAUGAAUAAAACUAUUUUGGAUUCUUUGAUCAAUUUUCUUUUUUGGUA